CCCUUCCUGCGGACACGUUACGCCCGUCACCCGCGGAAGAGGUCUCCAAGCAGCACCCAGGGGACAUGGAGGGGUCUAGAGACGGGCACCCCAGACAGCCCCGCCGCCCCAAGAGAUCCCGGGGCCCCGUGGAGGCGUCGGGCAGCCCGGCUCGCGCCAAACGCAGCGGCACCUCGACCGCCCGUCAGCCGUGCGAACAUCCGGGUCACCAAACUGUUCCGGCGGACGAGGCGCGCACGAGGACACGGAGAAGGCUGCCGGAUAGCAGGAGGGAAAUCCAUCAAAUGCUCCAAAAUACGCAACAAAUGGAGAGGGAGAAACUGAGGAGGGAUCUGAAACGGCUUCGGGAAAGGGCAAAAGAUGCCACGGACCACUGUGAGAGUAUCCUCGUCAGUGUGAUUGACUCCCUCCAGAGAGGCUACCGCAAAGUGAAGGAGCUCAUUGAAGCCCGGGAGGCGGAGGCAGAGGCCCAGAUUCAGCGCUCCCUGCAGAGGAGGAGAGACGUCGAACCCCGCCACCUGAGCCACCCCUCUCGUGCGCCGCUCAGUGAAUCUGAACGUGCUCCAGCAGUUUCGGAGGAGCCGUUCGCUCAGCUCUUCAAACCAAUAGAGGAGGCCGUUGAAAAGUUUGGGAGGCGACUGGAGGACCUCUGUGAUGAGGAAAUCCCCACAAUCUGUCAAACUGUGGAAGAUGACGAGCUUUUUCAACCAUCGUGUGGACCUAUGCAAUCCGUCAGUGGUGAUGGAUACCAACUCACAAAUCCUGGUCCCUCCACGGGUACCAGCAGACAAACUGGACCGAGCGCCGAUCCUAAAACAAGAGCGGAGUUUCUGAAGUAUGCAUAUGAACUUACCCUGGACCCGAACACGGCCCACAAGUACCUGGAUGUGUCUAAUGGAGACAAAGAAGUGCAAAGGGGUCCUCAGAAAGAGUGCAGACAGGUUUUGCCCAACCCCGUCCGAUUUUCCCUCCGUACACACGUGCUCUGCACGGAGGCGCUGCCGGCGGGUCGCUGCUACUAUGAGGUGGAGGUGGAUGGAGACCAGGCUGAGAUUGGCCUGACAUACAAAGGAAUACACAGAAAAUCCCUCACGUCGUCAUCGGCCUUUGGAGGUAACGACAAGUCCUGGAGUCUGGAUUGUUCCAACGGCUAUUCGGUGAGCCACAGAGACAAGUCCGUCCAGCUGACAGCAGCCCGCCGCCAUAGAAGAAUCGGGGUGUUUCUGAAAUCCAGAGAGGGUACUCUGUCAUUUUAUGAGGUCUCGGAGGACGUUGAGCUCCUCCACACGGUGGAAACCACGUUCAAGGAGUCUCUGUAUGCAGGAUUCAGGCUGGGAGAGAAUUGCCGUAUCAGGCUAUGUGAUCUGAGACGGGAGGAACCGUAA